AUGGCCGAAGUCCUCCCAUCCGAUGAGCAUCCAGCCAUCAGGGAGACCGAAACCUUCCUGGGAUGCGGCUACUGCCACGAAGCCUUCCCGGAGAAGCGCGAGUUGCAGGUUCACAUCAAGAUGACGCACGAAGGGAAGGAAUAUCAUAGUGUGCCAGCACCAAUGCCCCAGCGAGAGCAAGGGCUGCUCAAGAAGGCGCCCUCCAUGGCGAUCUCUCGGAACAUCCCGUUGAGCGAGGUGAACCGCCAUUGCAUCCCAGAGGAUUGCUGGGUGGCACUGAACGGCAAAGUCUAUGACUUGUCGGAGUUCAUGGACCGACAUCCAGGUGGCCCAACGACCAUUGUGGCAUGGGCAGGGAAGGAUGCUUCGAAGUUUUUCAACGACAUCCACAAGGGCGUGAAGAUCGAUUCCUACUUGCGACCUGAGGCAUAUCAAGGUGACCUGGGCCUGGACGAAAGUUUGAUGUCGGACUCCUUCUACCACACCUUGCGCGAGGCGCGUAUUGCGGAGGUCAAGGAGGAGCUGGACCGCGUGCUGAGUCAGGUCUCUGGGGGAACCAAAGCUGAUAGUGUUCAGCGCUUGCUUCAAGACAAGAACAUCACUCCGGAGCUGAAGCUGAAACUGCAACGCCUGGAGACCCAGAAGCGCGCAGCUCUGGACUCUGAGGACUAUGCCAAGGCGGCUGAGAUCAAGAAGAGCCUGGAGGAGUUGCUGGCAGAUGAUGACCAUGCGCACCUGCAUGACGUGCCAUUGGAGACCACCGCUUGCAACAUCCCACUGUCCGAGGUGGCUCGCCACAACAAACCCCAUGAUUGCUGGGUGGCGCUGAAUGGCACCGUCUACGACCUCUCGGAUUUCCUGUUGCACCACCCAGAGCAACGCAACGCCAUUUUGGCCUGGGCCGGGCGCGAUGCCAGCGCGGUGUGGAACAAAAUCCCGGGACGUUUCCCAAGUGCCAACUGGAUGGACUUCUUCAUGCGACCGGAGGCGCGCAUGGGUGAGGUGGGUCCCGAGCCUUCAGUGGAUCCGAAGAUGGCGCAGAUUCGACAGCUCCAGGACGAGCUCUGGAAGUUGGAAGGCCCCAGUGAUGAGGAGAUCCAGGCGGCCAAGGCGGCCAUGGCGAAGGUGCCCGGCACGGCGACGUCUAAGGAGCCCUUAGGUGAAGAAACCCGCUUUCCCAAGCUGAAGGAGAUCACAGCUGGAAAGGACCUUCCCUUCUUUUCCCGUGCGGAAGUGGCAAAACACAACAGCGCAGAGGAGCCUUACAUGAUCAUCCACAACAAGGUCUACAACCUGAAGACCCUGAUGGGUAGCCACCCUGGCGGUGACGACAUCCUGCUCUCCAGGGCUGGCACUGAUGCCACCAAGGACUUUGAGGUCUUUGAACAUUCCGAGAAGGCACGUGUGCAGCGUGAUCGCGACAUGCUGGUGGGUCAGCUGGUGCCGGCGGAAGCCACCGACUGGAACGCAGAGGCCACGGUGGCACAGGUCACGGGCGAGGAGCCCUCGGAGACUGGCAGAUAUUUGCGCUACAAGGCGUAUGAUGUGGCCAUUGGCGCUAUCUCAUGGUACUUGUACAAGACCUUGCAGAAUCGAAAGCCCCUGUCGCAGUUCACCUACAGCCGUGCCCUGCGACAUUUGCAUCUCAUCAUGGCCGUGGGCAUCUUUGGAGCCGUUGGCACCGCGCAGGCGGCACAACACUGCGAGGGACAGACCAAGAAGCAGCUCCUGUGGUGGCACAAGCAGACCGGAAUCGCCAUGCUGGGAGCCAUCCUGAUGCGGAUCUUCUUCCGCAUGCGCAGUGGCAUCCCGCCCAGGUUCCCUGGAAACAAGCUGGUGCAAAUGAUUGAGACUCAGAGCCUCAGGGUCUUCUAUGCCUUGGCGGUGCUGUUGCCUGUCUCUGGCAUUGCCAAUGAGUACUUCCUGAAGUGGGCCCCUGGCUCCGAAAGCACUGGAAAGGAGGAGGACGACAAGCGCAACGACAGGUUGGCGAAGCAAUCCAUCGACACACACAAGAUCUUGGGCAAAUUCUUGCAGUAUGCCUUCUUGCCUUUCCAUCUCGGCUACACCACCAUGUACCACUAUUCGCAGGGUCGUGGUGUCGUGAGAAAGGUGUCACCUUUCAUUUAG